AUGCCGCAGACGAUGUGGCGGCGGUCAGGUAGCGUUUUUGCAUCAUUGCGAUUGCUUUUGCUUCUUCUCUCGCUGCUGUUCUCACACGUGUGCGGGGCGGCGUCGACAGACGGUGGUGACGUGGAGGAUGCAGCGGAACUUACGAGGCGGGAAUACCGUUGCCGCACCUGUGUGACGCUGGCGACUGUGUUUCAAGAGGAGAUUUUGCGGCCUGCCGCGGGGAUGCAACAAGCAAUGUCGGCAGCGGCAGGACGCAAAGAGAGCGACGCUGUGCGGGCGGGCGCGCGGCAGCGUCUUGUGGUGAACAUGCACGACUCCAUCGACGGACUCUGCCAUCGCGUGCGUGAACUUCAUCGUGCGGAAAACAAAAUGCGUGCCGUCGAUGCCUCUGGGCUUGGCAGUGCGGAGGAGAGACGGGACAAACUUCGACUGCACGAGGAUGACCUCCUCGGCUCAAGAAGAGCGCUGCGGGGCGCCGUUGAUGACCUCUGCGAGGCGGUGCUAGAGGAGGUGAAUGAGCCACUCAGCCAGAAAGCAUUUGCGGCACUGCUGCCGAACGGUGUGAGGCCCGACGAGGCGUCGGCGACGGAGAGCGAUGCGGCGCAUCAGUUGGGCGGGGCGGGCGCAUUCUGCGAGCGGCAAGGAAUAUGUAGACCCUCCACUCUCCAGACGAUUGCGCGGGAGGAUGCGACACGGCGACGACUAGUGCAGCAAAGGACUAACGCGCCACAACAUUCUCUGCCAUGGUGGGGAGCGUCUAAGGCGGCGUUGGUGGCGCCAGCCAUCUUACUGGUGCUGCUUACGGCUGGGAUCUUGUUGUACUGCCGCAGGAAGUGGCGCACGACUGCUGUGCGUGACGCACACACAAAGAGGGAUUAG